AUGGCAAUUGCAUACAUGGCCAUGCCAAUCAAGCUAGGUUUUGAAUCUGAUCUUCACGUUAUGAAUGCCACCAUUGACAUGUAUGCCAAAUGUGGGUGCAUUGGUCAUGCUGAGAAAUUAUUUGAGACCGAAUUUGUGAAGGAUGAGAUCUCAUGGAACACUAUGAUUGCAGGAUAUGCACAAAAUGGGCAACCCAAGGAUGCUGUUUCUAUUUUUUGUUGGAUGAGAGAGAAAGAGGAGCUCCAGCCCAAUUUGGUCUCCAUUGUUAGCAUAAUACCAGCCUAUGCACAAUUGGCGGCCUUGAAUGAAGGAAAAACUAUCCAUUCAUACAUAGUAAAAACUGGGCAUGAAGGACUAGUUGAUGAAGGUUUGAGAAUUUUCGAAUCCAUGAGAUAUGAAAACUACAUUGAACCAAAUUUGGAGCACCAUGCUUGUAUGGUCGAUCUAUUGGGUCGUGCAGGUAAGAUUGAGGAAGCAUGGACUUUUAUUCAAAGGAUGCCUAUGAAGCCUGAUGCUGGUGUAUGGGGGGCUUUAUUGGGUGCUUGUCGGAUUCAUCUCAAUGUAGAGUGGGAUGAUGCUCAUAAGAUGAGAAUGGUUAUGCACAGUAAAAGGCUGAAGAAAUUCCUGGUUGCAGUUGGAUUAGAGGAGAAGAUAGCAACGAGAAACCAUGAUCCAUUACAGAAAUAUUCAGUGAGUAAAACUUUGGCUUCAGGCGUAGAACCAUGGGCCAUGGCUCAGGUUACUAAGAACAUCUGCCCAUGUAGGAAUUGCUACAUUGAAAUGCAUUUCAUGAAUCAUGAUGUCUGA